GCUUCAUUUAUAGAACAAAAACACACUCACACACUCUAAGGUUAACAGUGUCACGCCUCUUGAGCCAUGGCCUGUUUAUUUAAAUCAAGGUGGCUUGUUCUUCUAAUAGCAGUGGCUGUAAACACAGCAGCUCAAAAGACUUCACCAAGAAAUAUCGUCACAUCAUGCCUGGGGAACAUCAUGCGUGUGGAUGUGGGUCCACUCGGAGGGAAGUUUCUUGAAGUUGCUGUAGUCAUGAGUAAAUUCGACAUUUCAGACUUCUUUCUUUUCUUUUUUGUUGACGCCGUCUCUGUUUGUCCUCAAACUGACUCCUUGUUUAAAUCUUCCUCCUCAGACAACUCCACCAUCCUUCUCACGCCACGCUUGGCCAGUCAGUGUGGCUUCAGCAUCAAGGCAGACCAGUGGGGCAGCGCCAUGAUUUAUGCCUCCCUUCACAACUGUUUUGCCCAAAUUGUGGACGAUGCGUUCACCACAACAUUAAACCUUCGACUGCAUGGGAACCAGAUGGCUGUGGACGAGCUGUACCAUGUGGAGGAAACCUGUCCCUACUCUGACUGGAGCUCCAGGGAAAUCGUCUGUGACCGCAAUUAUAUGGAGGUGUCUGUAGAGAGGACAGCUCCCGAAGAUUAUUCCCUGCCUGCGAAGUCCAUGUCAGGUUCCAACUCUAAGUCUCCUAACGCUCAGCAACCUGCAAAGAAAGAGCCUUUAGACGCUGGAUUCAGAAUGGCCUCCAUCGUGUUCUUCACUCCCGAGAAGGAGACGACCAUGACCGUGACGGCGGCUCAGAGAAGAGGUUAUGGGAUUGGAAACACUCUGACGAGGCUGGUGCUGCGAAGCUCCAAGACUGCAACUGAAACGUUCUCCCAGGCAAUAGACGCGGUGCCAAUGACGGUGCUGAAAACCUCUACGGCCUUUGAAAAGAAAUGGCUGGUGACUCAGAUCAAUGCGACAGCGGCCUGUCCAUCUGACGCCAGCGUUUUCUUCACUCCAAACACAAUCACCUGGUACCUGCCCCAGCACAUUAGCCCGCUCACAUCCUCCGAGCAGGUGACCCUGCUGGAAGUGCACAUGGGCGUCGACGGCCAGAGAGUGGACGCUGCAGAGAUGGCUGCCAGAAAAUACACCCUGACCAUCAAUAAUGUAUACGUCAUCCUCGCAAUCCCUAUAGGGGCCGCCGGCGGCCACUUCAAGAGUCACGUCAAGGAUGACCAGUAUCACACAUCCUACACAAUCGAGCCGAUGCUUGAGUUGCUCUGGACCGAGGACGCCACUCGCGACGUCACCAGAUACAAAGUCCUCUUACCCAUCAGCACGCCGCUGCACCCUCAAACUCUGCAAGUUAUCGACAACACGGUCCCAGAGGAGCGGGUGUUUAAAGUGAUGCUAGGGCCUUUUGGCUCGGACGUGGCUCUCAUGAACGUCACCUUCAACACUCAGGUGCUGACAGUUGAAGAGUGCCUCGCCAGAGGUUUUAACAUCCUGGAGCACAUCUCCCCCAACGGCAGCGUGAAGGUCUUCUCGCUCGAAGUGCCCUUCACAGACCCUGUGGUGCAACAAAUGAAGGGAACAUUGUUUACCGUGAACGUCCUUCACCUGACCUUUGGCCUGCUGGUGCUGCCAGAGUUUGCGCCAUUUUCUCUCUCUGCCUCUCUGGAAGCUAAAGUGUUCGACAUAGCUGCUCCCUCCAUCUCUGGCGUGUGCGACUAUGAAAACUUCUACGUCCUCGUGAAACACGGCUCCCAGGGCUUCGACUUUCAGACAAUCGUGGGGAAGCGGCCGUUGACCCCGAGUCUGGCUCGGCAGUACGGUUACAUGGAGAACGACACGCACAUGAGUUUUGUGGUGCCUUUUUCAGCCGACGACGCCACCUUCGAGGCUGUGGAGCCGAUGUCCAUCAGGAGCCGACUGGAUGUGACCCUGAGGAUCCCGGGAACCAACAAAAACAUCAGAGAGUUUGCUUUGGCGUGCGACUUUGCUUCCACACUCACUGAAUGUUUUCCGAACGGAACGAUGACGGCUCUGGCUGUGAAACUAGAGUCGGUUCCCAGUCUGAGCACCGGUCAGCUCACGCUCCGAGACUCCAGCUGUGGUCCGUCCUACAGCGACGACCGUUACGCUUACUUUGUCUUCACCGGAGACUCCUGUGGGACCACCAGGAAGUUUUUUCCAAAUGUGAUGCUGUAUGAAAACGAAAUCUCUCUGCCAGACGAACUUGAAACGGCAAAAACAGAAGAGCCUGCAUAUGAACUGAAGAUUUCCUGCUACUACGACAUCAACACUACUAACGCCGUAGCGUUCCACACCAGACCUCGCAGGAGCGAACCGUACGCCGAAAACGCCAACGGAGAGCUGCGAGUUGCGAUGAGGCUCGCUUUGGACGACUCGUACAGCGAGUUUCACCGAGCCGAGGACUACCCUGUCCUGAAGUACUUGCAGCAGCCGCUCUAUUUCGAGAUUGAGCUGAAUGCCACGAAUCCCAGAGUGUCGCUGGAGGUGGAGAACUGCUGGGCGACCCUGAAUGAAGACAGGACGUCCAAGCCAAGAUGGAACCUCCUCAUUGAUGGGUGUGCAAAUCCAGUCGAUCCUGAUCAGGUGGUCUUUCAUCCCGUUUGGGUGGACGCCAGAGUUCAGUACCCCGCUCACUUCAAACGCUUCGAGGUUCGGACGUUUGCCUUCGCUGAAGAUGAAGACAACUUGAAUAAUCAGCUCUUUGUCCACUGUGACGUGGUGAUCUGUGACGCCCGAAAUCCACUGGGUGGCGUUUGCACCAGUCGGUGUUCAAACCAGGGAAGCGGGAUAAAAGGUCAAAGACGAGCCGUUUCAGAUGUACACAGUUCCACACACACGUCAGUUGGACCCAUAGUUGUAAGCUAACAAGAUCGUAAUAAAACAUUUUUACAAGACUUGA